AUGCCACGAUCCCCUCGCCUCUCCUCUCGUGCACCUCUGCCCAUCGCUCAUCUCAUCACGAUGUCAUGCCACGAUGCAUGGCAGGCCGUGGAGGAUCUGAGCCGGUCACUGGAGAUAGAACCCGACAACCAGGACGCGCUGCAACACCGCGGCAUUAUCGCCUUCCACAUACACCUGUACGGCAUGGCCAUCGCUGAUCUCUCCAGGGCGCUUGACAUGCGACCCAUGGACGCCUACCUCAUCCGCGCCAAGGGCAUAGCCCUGGCGGGGGCAGGGCAGUGGCGCAAUGCGAGCGCUGUGUUUGCGGAGGCAGUGAAACGCCACCCGAUGUCAGCGCACCUGUGGACGGAGAAGGGCCGCGUGCACAAGGAGCUGGGGGAGGUGGAUUUGGCCCUUGCUGCCCUGCAUAAAGCCCUGGCUCUGGAAGACACUCUGGAGGCGUACAUCCGCCUCACGUCCCUCAUGCAGCUCGUGGGCCGCCACAGGGAGGUGGUAUCCACAGCGAGGAGGGGCUUGAAGCUGAAUCCCAACGACAUAGAGCUCAACUACCUGGAAGCUUCCGCGCACCAUGCACUGGGUGACUUCGAGGCAGCACUGCAUCAGUAUACCCACAUCCUCGGUCUCUCGCCCACAGACAGCCACACCUCCACCCUUCAGGGCAUGGCAUUUUACCAGAGGGAGAUAGCAGCGUACACAGUAUCCAAGCUGGACCUACCGUUUGCACAGUUUCGCCUCGACUAUGAACUGAACAAUGAACUCAAG